CGCUUCGAGUGUUUGACUUUUCACGUUCUUUCCUCACCAUGGGCAUCGUUCAACGCUUGUUGUCGUUCGGCUUCGUCCCGAUUCUAGCACUUUUCGCGCUGCAAUUCUACUCGCCAGACACAUUUCAUGCCUUCCAAGAUGCCGUCCAACCCUACGUUUCGAACACGCCGCUCUCUCAUUUCUUGCCCUACCCUCUCCCACAUCGCUCAGAAAUACCACUCUUCGUAACGAGCACGACCCACUGGUCGCAUGUGGAAAAGAUCGCCGCAGUCGCAGUAGAACUGGCGGAUUUCGGUUACCCAGUACAUUUCAUCACGGGGCGCGUUUUCGAAGAACACAUCUCUAACUUGCAUCCCAACAUCAAAUUCAUACCCACAAUUGGUCUAGACGACAAGUUGAGCGAUGAGGAUAUGGCGUAUUAUUUGUCCCUCCCUUCGGGGGUCGAGCAAGAGGUCUGGAUCAUGAAGAAAGUUCUCGUGGAUAAUAUGCCGAAUGGUCACGAAACGCUCCAAGUUCAAUUCAAGGAAUUCCGCGAGAAGUAUGGAAAGGACAAACCGCUAAUAUCGCUGUACGACGUCACGGUCACUGGCCAUCACCCUAUUCUACUCGGCAGCCCUGGGAUUAGACCCGACACUAGUAUCGGUGUCUCGAUUGCCCCUUUAACUCUGGAUUCAAACGAUACGUUUCCUUUUCGUACCGGGAAACCACCACAUACCGGUUCAAACGCAACAGCCGUUCACCGAGAGGCCUACGAAAAAUUCUUCGAUGAUAAGUUGAAUCGAGAGUUAAACGAAUACUGGUGGGCGAAGCUCAAGGACAUGGGCGCAAUCCACGAUUCAUACCCACAUAUUCUCCAUGCCAUGGAUGCUCUUCCUGACCAUCUUCUUACACUCGGGAUCCCUGAAUUUGAGUUCCCCCGCAGCGAUAUUAGGCCGAAUGUGCGGUACUUUGGCGCCCUCAAGAAGGUCGGCAAACAGGGAGGGGACAAGGAGCUGAAGCUUCCAAGUUGGUGGGAUAACAUUGCUCACGCGAAAAAUGAGGGGAAGAAGAUUAUUGCCGUGAGCCAGGGCACGGUUGAAGUGAGGCCGGAAGACCUGGUUCUACCUACACUGGACGGUCUCAAGGAUCGUGACGAUGUGUUGGUCAUCGCAACAUUCGUGGUCCAGGAACCGGAAGACGUUCCUGGCUUAGUAGUCCCCAAGAACGCGCGAGUAGCAAAGUUCGUACCGUAUGACAAACUCCUCCCUUUAGUUGAUGUUCUCGUAUCCAACGGCGGUUAUGGUGCUGUGCAGCAUGCCCUUCGUCUCGGUAUUCCGAUGGUUGUGGCGGGCGAGGGUCAGGACAAAGCCACCACGAACGCGCUUGUCGACUUCACCGGAGUGGGUAUCGAUCUUAAAGUGCGACAGCCAGGCGCACACAAGAUUUCAGGUGCCAUAAAGAAGUUGCUGGAGGAUGGGAAGUACAAGAACAAAGCGAUUUUGCUAAGUAAAGCGUACGAGAAGUAUGACGUUGGCAAGACAUUUGACGGCACAGUGAGAGAUGUUGUUAAGAACUGGAGCAAAAAGAAAGCUUUGCCAACGAAAGAGCCGUGAAGCAGCAAGUCCAUGAAAUAUGCUAACAUCAAG